AUGCGACGGCGGACAGGCGUUGGCUAUAGGCACUUUGCGCGAGGGGAAGCAAGGGGCUUAGCGGGCUGGAUUAGGAAUACGCCAGAUGGUGCAGUGGAAGCUGUCGUGAGUGGUGAUGAUGCGCAACUGGACAAAUUCAACGAAGCGCUCAAAAGAGGACCCUCGCAUGCUCAUGUUGAACGAGUUGAACGAAGCGACGUGAACGAGGACUCGCUCAAGGGCUACACGCAUUCCUUCUCAGUCAUCGAGUGA